ACCUCCUCUCACAGUCCCUCUACCCGCGUGCGCUACACGCUUAACGCGGUCACUGAACUCCCGCGAUGACAGAUCUUUUUCGAUGUCCGAGUAAUUAACCAAACCACGUUUACACAAUCGUAAUCUCUUUUGACAUUCAAAAGUAAAGCCAAGGUAAUUACUGAAUCUAUCUGUAUUUGAUCGGAGAGAGAUGGCGUUAAUGGCCGUUUUGGAGUCAGAUCUUAGAGCUCUCUCCGCGGAGGCUCGCCGCCGUCAUCCCAACGUUAAGGACGCCGCGGAACAUGCCAUCUUGAAGCUCAGAUUAUUGUCCAGCCCUAGUGAAAUUGCGCACAAUGAAGAUAUACUGAAUAUCUUUCUGAUGGCCUGUGAAGUUAGGACGGUAAAGUUGAGUGUGAUUGGACUGUCUUGUCUGCAAAAGCUCAUAUCCCAUGAUGCAGUUGCACCAUCAGCUUUAGAGGAGAUUCUUAACACCCUUAAAGAUCAUAGUGAAAUGGCAGAUGAGAGUCUUCAACUUAAGACGCUGCAAACUAUCCUUAUAAUAUUCCAAUCGUGCUUACAACCUGAUAAUGAGGAGAAUACCUCCCAAGCUCUUGGAAUUUGUCUCCGACUUCUUGAGAGCAAUAGAUCUUCUGAUAGUGUGCGCAAUACAGCUGCAGCAACAUUUAGACAGGCAGUAGCACUGAUAUUUGAUAGGGUGGUUUCUGCCGAGUCGCUUCCCUCUGGGAAAUUCACUUCUGGAGUCCAUACUUCUCGAAGUAAUUCGGUUACUAGUGACUUUACCCACAAUAUAACUCACCUAGAGUCAUUGGAGCAAGAGUUUAUGUCUGGAACUUCAUUAAUGAGGAAUACGUUAACUAAACCCGGAAAGCUUGGCCUUAGAUUGCUUGAGGAUCUGGCAUCUCUUGCAGCAUGUGGUUCUGCUAUCUGGUUAAGAGUCAUUUCCCUUCAAAGAACGUUUGUACUUGACAUACUUGAGUUUAUCCUGUCCAAUUAUGUGGUGUUAUUCCGAACCUUGAUUCCAUACGAGGAGGUUCUCCGACACCAGAUAUGUUCACUCCUUAUGACAUCACUUCGCACCGAUUCCGAGUUUGAAGGAGAAACUGGAGAACCAUACUUCCGUCGGUUGGUCUUGCGAUCAGUAGCUCAUAUAAUCAGGCUCUAUAGUUCAUUGUUAGUCACUGAAUCUGAGGUUUUUCUCAGCAUGCUAGUGCGGGCUCUCUCUCUCGACUUACCAUUAUGGCAUCGUAUCCUUGUUCUUGAAAUUCUGAGGGGUUUCUGCAUGGAGGCACGCACUUUACGAGUUCUUUUUCAGAAUUUUGACAUGAAUCCAAAGAACACAAAUGUGGUUGAGAGUAUGGUGAAGUCACUUGCUAGGAUUGUUUCAAGCAUUCAGUUUCAAGACACAUGCGAGGAGAGCCUUGCAGCUGUUGCUGGAAUGUUUACGAGUAAAGCUAAAGGGAUUGAGUGGAGUUUAGAUAGUGAUGCAUCCAAUACUGCCGUCUUGGUUGCUAGUGAGGCCCAUGCAGUAACUUUAGCAAUCGAGGGCCUUCUUGGAAUUGUUUUUGCUGUUGCCACUUUGACCGAUGAGGCAGUAGAUGUCGGUGAGCUUGAAUCACCUAGAUUGGAGGUUGAUCCACCAACAAAAUGCACAGGAAAGACAGCAAUUCUUUGUAUUUCUAUGGUUGAUUCAAUGUGGCUGACUGUUCUUGAUGCCUUGUCUUUCAUCUUGACAAAGUCUCAAGGGGAAGCUAUUGUAUUAGAAAUAUUGAAGGGUUAUCAAGCAUUUACACAGGCCUGUGGUGUUCUCCGUGCAGUUGAGCCUUUGAAUUCUUUUCUUGCAUCUCUUUGCAAAUUUACAAUUAGCAUACCAAAUGAAGUUGAAAGGAGAAGUAUUGCACAAUCACCUGGGUCUAAACGGUCAGAAGCAUUUUUGGAACAGAGAGAGAGUAUUGUUCUGACACCUAAAAAUGUUCAGGCAUUAAGGACACUUUUUAACAUAGCUCAUCGGCUGCAUAAUGUUUUAGGCCCUUCAUGGAUUUUGGUACUGGAAACACUAGCUGCUCUUGACAAAGCUAUUAAUUCUCCGCAUGCAACAACCCAGGAGGUCUCUACUGGUGUUCCAAAACUAACAAGGGAUUCAUCUGGCCAGUACAGUGAUUUUCAUGUUCUAUCUUCUUUAAACUCUCAGCUUUUUGAAAGCUCAGCUUUGAUGCAUAUUUCUGCAGUCAAAUCGCUUCUUUCUGCGCUACGUCAGUUGUCACAUCAAUUUAUGUCUGCAACAGUCAGUGGUUUUGCACAGUCAUCAAGUCAAAAGGUUGGAAGCAUUAGCUUUUCAGUUGAAAGAAUGCUUUCAAUCCUAGUCAACAAUCUUCACAGGGUGAGGCCAUUGUGGGAUGAUGUCAUUGGCCACUUUUCUGAGCUCACAAGUAGUUCAAACCAGAAUGUUAGAUUAAUGGCUCUGAAUGCAAUGGAUCAAUCAGUUUGUGCUGUUUUAGGAUCUUCUAUAUUCCAGGAACAUGGUUCCUCUAAAUUCCUCGCCAGCAAUGUCCGUCCUGAGAAUAUAGAGAUGAGAUCACUCGAAUGCUCUAUCAUAUCUCCGUUAACAACCCUUUAUUCUUCAACACAAAGCAUUGAUAUUCGUGUUGCAUUACUGAAAAUUCUUCUUCAUGUGUUGGAGAGGUAUGGUGAAAAGCUACAUUAUAGCUGGCCAAAUAUUCUCGACAUGCUAAGGUCUGUAGCACAUGCCCCUGAAAAGGAUCUCGUUUCUCUUGGAUUCCAGAGCCUCCGCGUUAUUAUGAAUGAUGGGCUUUCAUCUAUACCUACAGACUGCCUCCAUGUCUGUAUUGGCGUUACUGGAUCAUAUAGUGCACAGAAAACUGAUCUUAAUAUUAGCCUGACAGCCGUAGGCCUUCUUUGGACUUCUACUGAUUUUUUUGUCAAGGGGGCCAAGGGAUUCCAGGAUGCUUGCGAAGAGCAUGGAGAAUCUGAUAAAAUUAGCAACGGGAUUUGUGAGGAGCAUAAUCUCAGUGCCUCAAAUAAAGAUCGGGAGCAGGCAUUGCAGCUUAAUGUAAUUGAUCGUGACAAGUUGCUCUUUUCUGUUUUUUCAUUACUACAAAAUCUGGUAGCUGACGAGAGACCCGAGGUCAGGAACUCUGCUGUUCGGACACUUUUUCAAAUUCUGGGAAGCCAUGGACAAAAACUUUCAAAUAGCAUGUGGGAAGAUUGUCUCUGGAAUUAUGUUUUUCCUACACUAGAUAGUGCUUCUCACAUGGCUGCAACUUCCUCAAGAGCUGAAUGGCAAGGAAAAGAACUUGGAACACAUGGAGGGAAAGCUGUUCAUAUGCUCAUACAUCAUAGUCGAAAUACUGCUCAGAAACAAUGGGAUGAGACACUCGUGCUUGUGUUGGGUGGAAUCGCUCGCAUUUUAAGAACCUUUUUUCCGUUACUUAGAAAUUUAAGUAAUUUUCAAUCAGGAUGGGAUUCAUUACUGCGCCUCGUUGAGAACAGCAUUUUGCAUGGCAGUAGAGAGGUUGCUCUUGCAGCAAUAAAUUGCUUACAGUCCACUAUAGUUUCUCAUUCUCCUAAGGGAAAUUUGCCACUUCCAUACCUUAAAUCUGUCCUUGAUGUUUAUGAGCUUGUUCUUUCCAAGUCACCAAACUACAACGAUAGUUCGACAAGCAAAGUGAUACAGGAAAUUUUACUUGGUCUUGGUGAUCUAUAUGUUCAAGCACAGGAAAUGUUUGAUAGUUGCAUGUAUAUAAAGCUGCUGGAGGUUGUAGAUCUGGGGAUCAAACAAACCAAGAUCGCCAGCAGCAACUUUGAAGCUGAAUAUGGCCAUCUUCCGCCUUUGCAACGCACAAUACUAGAGAUCUUACCAAUCUUAUGCCCAGCAAAUCACCUUGCUACAAUGUGGCCCCCCCUGCUUGGGAAACUAAUGCAGUAUCUUCCCGGAUGCGAUUCUUCCCUUGAAAAAUUUGAGGAUGGAGGAGGCCAAGAAAACACUGGCAGUGGUGUAGAGGUUCCUUUCAGAAUUGUUUCAAAUGCCCCAAAGAAGGCAGAAAGUUUAUCAAUUGCAGUGUCAAGCAUAUCAAGUCAUAUAUUUGCUGAGAAACUUAUUCCUGUAGUUGUGGAUAUUUGCAUGCAAGCUCCGGCUGCAGUGAAGUAUGAUGUCUUCCCUGACAUUAUUCAUGUUUUAGGAAGAUGUAUGACUACAAGAAGGGACAGUCCUGAUGGCACACUUUGGAGAAUAGCAGUUGAGACUUUUAACAAAUUCCUGGUUGAUGAUCUUAGCAAGCUGACCAAAAGCUCAGGAGCAGAUAUAGCUAAUGUCAGAACUUCAAAAAUACGUGUCUGGAAAGGAAUUGCAGAUAUUUGUGAAAUAUUUCUUGUGGGGUAUUGUGGCCGAGCUCUCCCUUCAACUUCACUUUCAGUAUUGGCACUAAAAGCUGAUGAGUCUCUUGAAAUGAGUAUAUUGGAUAUCCUUGGAGACAAAAUUCUGAACUCCCAGAUUGAUGCACCUACUGAUAUACUAGAGCGACUAAUUUCCACCCUAGAUAGAUGUGCUUCACGUACGUGCUCCUUACCUCUUGAAACCGUUGAACUUAUGCCUCCACAUUGCAGCAGGUUUUCAUUGACCUGCUUGCAGAAGUUAUUUUCCUUGAGCAGCCAAGGGACAAUUGACCAAAGUUCAACAAGAUCCGAAGUUAGCAAAAUCUCAAUUGCAAUGUUAAUGACCAGAUGUGAAUGCAUACUAGACAAGUUUUUGAAGGACGAGAAUGAACUGGGGGAUCAUCCACUGCCUGCAGCAAGAAUAGAAGAAGUCCUUUUUGUCCUCCAAGAAUUAGCUCGUCUUUCCCUUUAUUCAGUUACCGCAUCUGUUCUUCCUUUACAUCCACAAUUGAAAAAUGCCCUUUUAAAAGAGAAUCAUGUGAACCAUUUGCACUUGGUCGUACUUUUUCCGUCCUUUUGUGAACUCGUCAUAUCAAGGGAAACAAGGGUAAGAGAAUUGGUGCAAGUGUUGCUGCGGCUCAUCACUUCAGAGUUAGGUCUCCAAAAGCUUUGCUUAGCUAGUUGAUUAUUCUUGUAUAGAGUUGCGCUCAUGGUCCUUAGGAAUCAAUUUAGCUUCUUUCUUUUUUCCAUUAUUUUAUAUAUUUUUCCUGCUCUUUCCCCCUUGAUUUUCCAUGUGCAUUAUUUAUUUAGUAUGAGAAAAUCAAAAUAGCAAUAUGUAACAUGCUUUCUGUUAAAUGGGUAGUCUAGAUAAAACAUUUUUACUCAAAGCAUACUGUUAUCUUAUGUAUUGUAACGUUUUAUGAGGUAAUACAAGCCACUUUGACCGAGUGCAUUCUCCUUAAUGAUUUAAUGCUGACA